AUGGAGAGCGCCCGACGGGUUCCCAGGCCUCGGCUGUACCAUACCAAAUCCAGAACCGGCUGCACGCGCUGCCGGUCACGAAGGGUCAAGUGCAACGAAGCGAGACCCGUCUGCAAUAACUGCCAUCGACACGGCGUUUCGUGUUACUAUGACAAGGAUCCCUCGAAGCCGCUCCAGGCCAGACAGCCAAGCCAGCCGAUACUUCGACCUCCCUUGAGUAAUGGUGACGCCGACGCCGACGCGCGUGGGCCCCCGAGGAGCGGCCCUCAUGCCAGUGCAGACUACUGGGAACUCCGGGCGUUCCAUCACUUUGCAGUAGCUACCGUUGGGACGCUCCCCGGAAGCCACAUCCCCAGCGUCCGGCAAUGCUGGGCUAUGCAGGUUCCCGUCUUGGCUCUCUCCUACAGGCCGUUGUGGAACCAGCUCCUCGCCCUCUCGGCACUCCAUCUCGUGGCAUCGGGCGGCGACGACCCCGGCCUGCUUGCCUGCAGGGCUGCUUCGCUGGAUGCCACGCUCCAGUCUUACCGGCCGGCCCUCGAUCAGCUAACUCCGGAAACGGCCGAGGCCGCCUGCUUUACCUCGAUACUACUCUCGGUAGACACCUUUGCCAGCCUGCAGCAUCGGCCGCUUGCCGGCGACUAUGAAGCUCCCAUGCAGUGGCUGAGGUUCACUCAAGGAGCCCGCGCCGUGUUCGAGGCUUCCACCUCGGCCGCCGCGGACCCGGCAUCCAACAUCGUGACAAUCAUUGCGUCUUCGAACCACAAUCGGCCCGUCCCCAGCGACCGCCCCCACCGUACGCCUGACUUUUCCUAUCUCCUCCAGCCUUUGCCCGACGAGACACAGUCCUCUUCGCGAGGCGUCGCGCAGGCAUAUCAAGAGACGGUCGAUCGUCUGAACCUGAUCCGGGCCGCCGCCGAGGCUGGCGAGCCGAUGCUCGCCCUAUGUCGAAGACUCAUGUCCUUUGCCUGCCUGGUCCCGCCUCUGUUUCUGGAGCUAGUGGAGCAGAAGGCGCCCCGCGCUCUCGGCAUCCUCGGCCACUUUUUCGCUCUCUCGGCCUGCGUCAAAGAUCUGUGGUGGGUAGGCGAGACACCUGUCAGGGAGGUCUCCGCGAUACGCACCUACCUGGCACCAGAGCUGCAGUACCUCAUGGAGUGGCCUGACUGGUUCGUCACAAUACAGGGUCUAGGCUAA